AUGCCAAAGGAAGGUCACAAAGGAGGCGAUGAGUUUGUGCUUAUGCGCCAAAUUUACGACAACUUACAAUACCUAAACUACGAGACAGAUUUUGAUCCCAUCAAAAGAAAACUUCCUUAUUUAACACCGAUUUAUUUUGCUGUCCAACAGAAAAGUCCCAAAGAACAGUUUGAUUACUUUGCUGGACUUUGUGUUUGGAUGAUGCAAACUUUUAACGGCAGCCAAAUCGAAACACCAUCAGAUUACGAUCAACCAGCAACUGUUACAGACAACAUUUUCAAUAAUCUUAACGGCCUUGGUAUCAAAGUUUCUUUCCAGCCGGCCAAGCUUAUUUCUGGCCACGGCUCUCAUUGCUGCCUCAUUCUUGAUGCUUUAUGCAGAAUGUCCCUCAAGAAAAAGGGUUUCAGCCCAUCAUCAUUCAGAGUUGUUAGCGGCCUCGGCGGAAAAGACGAUGAAGUCGAAGUCCGUGGCGAGGACGAUGAAGACGAUAUCGUUGAUGAUGUCGUAGACGUCCAAGAGGAUGAAGACAAAGAAAACGAUGCUAUUAUUACAGACUAUGGAAAUGACCCCCAAUCGAAGGUUAUCGAUUCGUUAGAAUUAAAAGCUGAAGCAGAACGCGUUGCACCACGCUUACAGAUCCGUAUUCCAGCAGAGAAGAGUGAUUGGAGAACUCACUUCUCUCAAAUGAAUACACAUCAAAAGACGAUUACUGAUAUUAUGACUCAGCUUAGCCCAAUCCUUACAAAGGUUGGCGCUGAUGUCACACAAGCUAUUGAUGCUAUCGAAAACCGUGAAAAGAUGCUUAACAAUCGUUUCCAGACAAGCGUAGUUGAUUAUGCAGAGCGUGCAAAGCAGCUUGAAACUGUCGAAAAGAAAUAUCAUGAACGCGUUACUACAGUCAACAAUCUUAAGACAGCUUUGAAUGAUGUUAUCGAUAAGCUUAAUAACACGAAGCAAAAUCUCGACGAGAAACAGAAAGAAGUUUCUGAUAACUCACCACUCAUGAAUAUUAAGACUGCCUUAGCUAAAUUAAAGGAGGAUAUCAAGCAGCUUGAACUUCGCUCAGCUAUUCUCCAGCGUUCACUUUCUCAGGCUUGGUUAGAAGAAAAAGAUGUACAGUAA